CGGCCCGGGAAGCUGGAUAGGGCAAGGGGAGGAUGUUGGGAGGCCGGGCGGCCCAGAGAGGAAACAUGAGGAGGCGCCGCCAUCCACGUUCCGGGGCCUGGGGGCUCUGGCCCGGGCAAUAAAGGGCGGAGCGGCGGCGGAGGCCAGGGCUGUGUCUGAGGAGGGUCCACCAGAGAGAGAGAGAGAGAGAGAGAGAAGGAAGGAAGGGGAGCUGGGAUGGGAGUGGGACUGGAAGCCCAGCGGAGACCCCCGGGACCCGCCGCCUCCCGCCAGAGCCCAUCCAGUCCUGCUGGCUGCUGGUGCUGAAGCUCAGCCUCUUUCCUCUCCACUGAGCAGAGCAAGAGAUUUGGGAAAGAGACAGAAGAGAGACACAGAGAGAGCCUCCUCUCCGCAGCCCCUCCUGGGCUCUUGCUGGGCAUCCACCAUCGCCACCAUCAUGAACACCAUCGUCUUCAACAAGCUCAGCAACCAAGUACUCUUCGAGGACAACGCCAAGGAGAGAGACACCAGGCCUUAUGGGGGGGUCUUGGAGGUCUCCCCCCACCCAGAGGUCCUCAUCCCAGACAGCCCAUCCAUGAAGGACAACCUCAGCCUUCGACACAGGAGGACAGGUACCCGGCAGAACAGUGGGAAAGUGAGACACAAGCGCCAGGCACUGCAGGACAUGGCGCGGCCACUAAAACAGUGGCUCUACAAGCACCGAGACAAUCCAUAUCCCACCAAGACAGAGAAGAUUUUGUUGGCACUUGGCUCACAGAUGACUCUAGUGCAGGUAUCUAACUGGUUUGCCAAUGCAAGGCGUCGUCUCAAAAACACUGUCCGGCAACCAGACCUCAGCUGGGCUUUACGAAUAAAGCUUUACAACAAGUAUGUUCAAGGAAAUGCUGAAAGACUUAGUGUAAGCAGCGAUGAUUCAUGUUCAGAAGAUGGUGAAAACCCUCCAAGAAGCCAUAUGAAUGAAGGGGGUUACAACACACCAGUUCAUCACACUGUGAUUAAAACGGAAAGCUCCGUAAUAAAGUCUGGAGUAAGACCAGAAGGGAGUGCCAAUGAGGAUUACGUAUCACCCCCCAAAUAUAAAAGCAGCUUGUUGAAUCGCUACCUGAAUGACUCAUUGAGGCAUGUCAUGGCCACAAAUGCUGCCAUGAUGGAAAAAACAAGGCAAAGGAAUCAUUCGGGAUCAUUUAGCUCCAAUGAAUUUGAAGAGGAACUGGUGUCUCCAUCAUCCUCUGAGACUGAAGGCAAUUUUGUCUACCGAACAGACACUCUGGAGAAUGCACCUAACAAGUGUGAAAGUGCAGCUAACAGAAAGAGAUCGAACAAAGAUGAGACAUACUGGAAAGAGAUCAAUGCAGCAAUGGCCUUAACAAACCUUGCGCAAGGGAAGGACAAACUGCAAGGAACAACCAGCUGCAUCAUCCAGAAAUCAUCACAUAUAUCAGAAGUAAAGACUGUCAAAGUGCCACUAGUACCGCCAUUUUAAAGAGAGUGGAUGCCUUUCUCCUCCUUACAAGUGGACAUUUUUCAUGCCAUUGGUCUUCCCAAUAAAAUCAAGACAAGAUAUCUUUAAAAAGUAUUGAAAAAUGGUUUGUAAACAUAAUGAUGGGCCCAGCCCACUGAAAAAUCAUCCAGUUAACAAGUGCCAUUAAAACGGGUGGGAACUUCAAAAGAGGUUGGCUGUUUUGUCAGCCGAUUUCCAUUCAUUUUAGGGGUGCAGGUUUAGAGGAUUUCCCAGUGAGUUGUGCUCCGUUAUGACAAUAAGCAAGUGCUGAAAUAUGUGUUGCUGUUGUUGUUAUAUAAAAUGUAAAACCAGUUCUAUAAAGGGCAUGUAAAUUAUGGAAGAAGAAACCCUACCAAUUUUUUGAAUCAAACUAUUAACUUAUUUUAUUGUAUUAAUCAAACUGCACAUUACGCGUCUGCAUUGCUAUAACAAUAAGUGCCUUGCUUUCUUACAAUAAGCUAGAACGUGGGCACAGCUCAAGACAACUGUGCCUCAAAGUGUCAAUGCCAUAAUACUUAACCUUUGCAUGUACUUCUAAAUGCAUCCUGAGCAGUUUAAAGCUGACCUGAGAAAAGGUGGAUUUUAUUUUGUUUGUUUACUUUUUAAAACCUCAAGUGUUUACCUUGUGUGAGGUAGAGAUUGGUUAACCUCUGCAGUGAAAUUUCUGCAUCUCAAAAGAGGAACAGUCACUUUGUCACCAAGUAGUAUACAGUUUUUCUCGCUUGAGUGAAAAACAAAUUACAGUAUUACUUUGUGUUUCCCUGCCCGCCUUUGCAGUAGUACCAAAACAAUCACUUUGAGGAGUGCAAUACUGUAGAAAAAUACUCAAAGUUUAUUUUUAUUUUGAGGAACAUCACAUUUACAGUAGAUUUAAAGCAGCUUCUAUGACCUUGCAAUGUGAAUAUUUACAUACACUUUCUAAUGGAUAUUGAAAAAAUGACCAGAAUGAUCAUUCACAUUAUGAGGCCUCUCUUUAGAUUGUCUUCUGCAUUGAACAGAGGUUUACAUGAACAGAAAGACAAAGGAGUUUAUCAGACAAGGGAAAUUGGAAGUAUAAUUCAAUGGCAAUCCGAACGCAAUCAUGGGGUU